AUGGCCAAAAGAAAGCAAUUACUAUCAACUAUUAAACAUCUUGUUGCUGGUGGAGACGUUUCGACUACAAAUCAAAAUAUCAGUAUUAAUUUAACAUGGUAUACUGCUACUGUUCAUGUGGUCUAUGUUUGGACAUGGCUUGAUGAAAUGUCUAGCGAUGAACAACAAAAACUUACUAAACAUGUUACAAAACAAGUAGAAAUUUUAUAA